GCAGGCUAAAUUGCUGAUAAUGUCCGCCUGAAAUGACCCGAUUCUGAAGUAAGAGUCGGCUUUCGUAUUUAGGGAUAUUGCAGUGAGCCAGAUUCUGAGAAUUUCCUUCCUUCAAAUCUACACGCCCCAAUCCAAACAAUCUCCUUUUGGAAUUGCGGGGCACAUAGUAGAAGGAAGGAGAUCUGAAUAGCAUGAAAUAUUGAAGAUUAAGAAUAAAAUUAGAUGUUGAAUCCCACAAAUCUCAAGUUUUCUAAGAAAUCCAAGAAGAAAUUUCGACAAGAGGAAGAGGACGGGAUUGUCUCAAUGUCAAGUGCAAAUGAGAAAGCUUCCUUCCAGUCUUUCAAGGGCAGAGAUUGGCAUCUUGAAGGAGCAUUUGAUGUCUUCUACAACCAACCCCAGAUUAAAACAUUUACUGAUUCUAGAUAUUUGGAAAGGCUUUACAAUAGAUAUAAAGAUCCGCAUGUUGAUAUGGUACUAGUUGAUGGAAUCACUCUCCUUUGCAAUGACCUUCAGGUGGAUCCUCAAGAUAUAGUUAUGGACCAGAGCACUGAGAGAAUGAUUGGAACGGGAUUUGAGUCACAAGGAUUGCACCACCUCUCCACCUCUCCAGUUGCUUUUGUUUCUACCACUUCCGUUGAGCUUAUUUAUAACAGUUUGGGACCUUAUAAUCUUCUCAAAUUGCAGAAAAUCAUCCCUAGUCUUUCUUCUUUGUCUUCUUUAGCAUAUGAGUCAUGUCAACUUGGGAAUAAACUCGGGCUUCAUUUCCCAAACGAGUCAAUAACAAGGCCACCUCGAUGUUUGACAUUGUUUAUUCAGACAUUUGGGGGAUAUUGUUCAUUCAGACAUUUGGGGUCCAAAUCGUGUCAAUACAACUUUGGGAUUUCAGUAUUUUGUUACUUUUAUUGAUGAUUAUUCUCGUUGCACUUGGCUUUUUUUUUUAAUGAAGAAUCGCUCUGAGUUAUUCUCCAUUUUUCAAAAAUUUUGUGCUAAAAUACAUAAUCAAUUUGGUGUUCGCAUUAAGGUUUUGCGUAGUGAUAAUGCGUGAGAAUAUCUUUCCUCUUCUUUUUCUCAUUUCUUGUCUACUCAGGGUGUUACUCACCAGACUUCUUGUGCCCAUACUCCUCAACAAAAUGGUGCUGCCGAGUGAAGAAAUGGGCAUUUGAUUGAAACCGCCCGCAUCUUACUUAUACAUCAUAAUGUUCCGUUGCAUUUUUGGGGCGAGGCGUUCCUUGCUGCCUGCAUACUUGAUCAACCGUAUGCCUUCCUCUGUUUUGCAGCAUCAGAGUCCUCAUUUGGUUCUCUUUCCUAACUAGACCUCCAACCCGUUGUCUCUGCGAGUUUUUGAAUGUAUAUGUUUUGUUCAUGGUCAUACUCUGGUAAAGACAAACUCCAACCAAAUCAGUUAAACGUGUCUUUCUCGGCUAUUCUCGGCUUCAAAAAGGUUAAAAAUGCUAUGAUCCCACUACUAAUAGAUAUUUUGUCUUUGCAGAUGUCACCUUUUUUGAAAUCUCCCCUUUUCUUUUAGUCCAAUGCACAAAACCUUUGUUUCUAGAGUUUUGCCUAUACCUGCAACUCUUAUUUCUCCUUGGCCUCAAGUUAGUCCAUCUCCCACUCCUACACCACCUCUUCAGGUUUAUACAUGUCGGCCUCACCCAUCUACUAAUAACAAUGAUACUUCUAUCCCUGAUGCAGGUAUUUCUAAU